AUGGACAGUCUCGAGGCACCUUCUAAAAUUAUGGACAGUCUUGAGGCACCUUCUAAAAUUAUGGACAGUCUCGAGGCACCUUCUAAAAUUAUGGACAUUCUUGAGGCACCUUCUAAAAUUAUGGACAGUCUUGAGGCACCUUCUAAAAUUAUGGACAGUGUUGAGGCACCUUCUAAAAUUAUGGACAGUCUCGAGGCACCUUCUAAAAUUGUGGACAGUCUUGAGGCACCUUCUAAAAUUAUGGACAGUCUCGAGGCACCUUCUAAAAUUAUGGACAGUCUUGAGGCACCCUUU